CGAGAGCACAAGCGGAAGUAAAUAGUCGCCAUGGCACAUUAGCCUGCGAGAGGGGAUAAAGUAGCAAGUUAGUUAGUCAGUUCUAAUGCGCCUUACGUUUAGCAGACAAAAAUCUUGUCCAUACUUCAGAGUCAUUUGAACGUCAAUAAGUUGUAGACUUACUUGCCCUGCAAUUACAUUUUAGUUACGUUUAAAGAGUCGGACCGAACAGCACGUUUGGGGCCUGGAAAGACGUGUGGCGAUCCAGCUAACGUUAACGCGGCCAAGUUACGCUAACGUCGCUCUUAGCUUAGCCAGCGACGACUACACUGGCCAGUUUAAGAAGCUAAUGUUAAAUAUAUAAACAAAGACGCCCCCGCUAACGUUAACAGUGGCCGUGGUGGAGGGGAAGUUCGGUUAGAUCUAAAAUGAUCAUUGAAAACCUUGAUGCCUUGAAAACAUGGCUGUCUGAAACCUUGGAGCCCAUCUGUGAUGCAGACCCUUCUGCUCUGGCCAAGUAUGUUGUGGCUUUGGUGAAGAAGGACAAAAGUGAAAGAGAACUCAAAGCUCUGUGUAUUGACCAGUUGGAUGUAUUUCUCCAGAAAGAGACCCAACAAUUUGUGGAUAAGCUUUUUGAAGCUGUUAACAAUAAAAGCUACCUCCCACAGUCAGAGGUGCCAUCCUCUCUAGUCAAAGUUGAUAAAGAUGAGCAAAAGAAAGAUGAGACAAAUCGGGAAGAUGAACGAGACAAGAAGUUUUCUCGGCGAGUGAAUCACAGCCCUCCUCAAUCAAGCUCUCGCUACAGUAGAGAUGGCAGAAGAGGAGAUGACCGAAAGAGAGACGAUCGUUCCAGAAAGAGGGAUUAUGACCGCAACCCACCUAGAAGGGACUCCUACCGUGAUCGCUAUAAUCGCAGGAGAGGUCGCAGUUACAGUCGUAGUCGCAGCCGUAGUUGGAGCAAGGACCACAUUCGAGACUGUGAAAGAGAGAGGGACAGAGAUAGAGAUAGGGACAGAGAUCGCAGCAGGAGCCGCUCACUCAGCCGAACCCAGUCUACAAGCAGGAGCAGAGAACGAGAUUCUGGGAAACUGAAGUAUGAUCAUGAUCGGGUGGACAGAUCGGAGAGUGGUAAUGGCUUCACCCCAGCAAAUCUGGUCUCCACUGCAACCACUUCACAUUUUCCUGUGCCCUCCUUAAGUAGCACCAUUACAGUCAUUGCACCCACACAUCAUCACAGUAACAACACCACUGAGAGCUGGUCUGACUUCCACCCUGAGCACCCUACUUUUACUCGGGGACCCCCUCCUCAACAGAGGAAACGGUGCCGUGACUAUGAUGAAAAAGGCUUCUGCAUGCGAGGGGACAUGUGUCCUUUUGACCAUGGAAGUGAUCCAGUAGUAGUGGAGGAUGUCAAUUUGCCUGGCAUUUUGCCCUUCCAGCCCCCACCAAUUCCAGGUGUAGACCCCCCACCUCCACCAGGCCUCCCACCACCACCUCUUAUGAACCCACCACCUGUGAAUCUCCGGCCCCCGGUGCCUCCACCGGGUGCCCUCCCACCCAGCCUUCCACCUGUGGCAGGUCCCCCUCCUCCUCUUCUUCCACUGCAACCAUCAGGCAUGGACGCUCCCCCCAAUUCCAUCACCAGCUCUGUUCCCACAAUCGUCACCUCUGGAAUGCGCUCCUCGCUCCCCCACCCUCCAAGACCACUUUUCAACUCUGACAACUUUGAGACAGAUGUCUACAAUCCUGAGGCUCCAAGCAUCACCAAUACCUCCAGGCCGAUCUACCGCCACCGAGGCAACCCCCAGAGGCCCAACCUGAUCGGCCUUACAAUGGGCGACAUGGACCAGCCACAGAGAGAAAGGAUUCCCAACAACAGUAUGAGGAUUGUUAUGGAAUCUGACUCAAGGAAGAGACCAGCUGUAUCCCAUGAUGGAGGCCUUCCUCCCAAGAAACCUUGGUUUGACAAACCAAACUUUAACAAAUCCAACCACCAGGGCUUCCCUAAAAGAGCUCCCUUCUUUCCUAACACCAAGCUGUUGGUCCGGCAAAUUCCUCCUGAGCUCAACAACAUCAGCAAGCUCAAUGAACAUUUUAGCAAGUUUGGCACCAUUGUCAACCUACAGGUGGCUUACCACAAUGACCCAGAGGGGGCGCUGAUCCAGUUUGCGUCUCCGGAUGAGGCCAAACGUGCAAUGCAAAGCACUGAAGCCGUUCUCAACAACCGCUUCAUCAAGGUGCACUGGUUUCGUGAUGAUGGGACUGAAAGACAGGGGCAGUCUCACUUACAGCAGCUGCCACAGCCACCCAUGCCCUCAGCCACAGCACUGAAGCAGUCUGUCAAAGAUCGCCUCGGACCUCUUGUUCCUCCAAACUCUGAACCUCCCCAAGAUUCGAGUGUUGACUCUCAGAAUUCAAACAAAGUGUCAGUGAAGGACCGUUUGGGUUUCUCUACCAAAGUAGCAUCUCCUGUUGAGAAAGUGUUUUCUACAUCUGUGGGCCUCACAAAGACUGUAUACAAUCCAGCUGCUCUGAAGGCAGUACAGAAAACGUCAGAGGAAGCCCUGAAAAAAAAGCAGGGAGCCCUAAGACUACAGCAACUACAAAUACUGGAGAAGCACAUCGGGACACAGAAGCUCCUGAUAUCUAAACUGGAGAAGAACAAAACAAUGAAGGCAGAGGAUAAAGCCAAUAUUAUGGAAACCUUGGCCAUGUUAACAAAGAACAUCACCAAAUUACAAGAGGAGAUAAAGGGAAUGCCAGGGAGCAGCAACUUACCACACACUGCCAAAAGCAAGGCUGAGGCUCAGAAGGAACUCCUGGACACAGAGCUGGACCUUUAUAAGAAGACUCAGUCUGGAGAAGACACUGCAUUGUUGAAGAUUAAAUACACUCAGCUACAGAUUGAGGCGGCUAAAAGAGGACUUCUGUCACCUGGGCGAGGCCGUGGCGUUCACACCCGAGGCCGCGGUAGUCUCAGGGCUCGAGGUAGGGGAUCCAGAGGACGAGGACGAGGUGCCCCGCUGCAUGCAUUCAUUGAUCAUCGACCUCGAGCGCUGGAGAUUACUGGUUUUACUGAUGUGGAUCAUGUGGAGCUGCUGCCACACUUUGCUCAAUAUGGAGAGAUUGAAGAUUGUCAGAUUGAUGAAAACAACCUGUCUGCAGUCAUCACUUACAAGACACGAGCAGAGGCAGAGCAGGCAGCUCUUCACGGAGUGAAAUUCUGCAACAAGACUUUACGCCUGGCCUGGCACAAGCCUGCAUCCGCUAUGAGCGCUGCAGAUGUUGAUGAGGCCGAACCAGAAGAGGAUGAGUACCCAGAGGAGUCGCUGAGUGACGAUGCAUUACAGGAUGAUGAUGAAGAAGAAGAUGACAAUGAACCUCGCUCCUGGCGCAGAUGAAGAUCGUCGAAAAAUUCUACCCUGGAUGCACUGGUGUGGAAGACAAGCAACUGUCCAGCAAAUGUCUUAGAUUUCAGUGCCUGUGAAUCAGCAAGGCACAUUUCACUUUGGCUAGACAACCCCCCCCCCCCCAAUACACACACACACACACACACACACAAACACACACACACACACACACACACACACACACACACACACACACACACACACACACACAGAUAUGUAACUGGCCUAGGAACCAUGUGAGUUUUAUUUUAGAGUGUGUAUCAGAUGCAACAUUGUUGAUUUUUUUUAAUCAUCUUAAUAUAGAAAUAGUUUAGUACUUCUGUGUUUUGGUUCAAAAACUCACAUUGUCUGUACAUUUGACAGCUAGCCUCCUGAUCACUUUGUUCAACACAUUGUUUGAGAAAACAAAACCUGUGUAGUGAUGAAACUAAACAACUGUAGCCUUUGCUAAAUAGUAUUAGUUGGACUGGUUUAAAUGCUGUAAAUAUUUUAUGUCUUGGUUUAAAUGAUUUGUAUGAAAGCUUGGCUUUUCUCAGUUCUUGGCUUUACUUUGGAUUGUACAAAAAAUAAAAACUGAAAUGGUCUGAAAACAUCCUGCCAAAAACAAAAAAGAAAAAAAACAAAAAAAUGUGGCAGUGAAAAAAAGAACACUCCUUAAGGAGCUGACAAAAGACCAUUUCAAAAAACAAAAAAACUU